GCUCGCGCACUGGCAGAGGGAGUGGGCGUGGAAAAGCUCAUCCCUGACGUCAGGGAGCUGUGAGGCAGCCGAGCGGCCCCAUCACGAAGAGCCAGUCGCCGCCCAUCCGACCGAGCAUCUCCUCCGAGCUGAAGUCCAGCGCGAGGACGCGAGAGCCGCCAGCCUGUCCCACGGUGUCCGAGCCCCGCCCGGCCAACAUGUCCGUUAGCAGUGACUUUGGAAACCCGUUAAGAAAGUUCAAACUCGUCUUCCUCGGAGAGCAGAGCGUUGGAAAGACGUCUCUGAUCACAAGGUUCAUGUAUGACAGCUUCGACAACACAUAUCAGGCUACAAUCGGAAUCGACUUCCUGUCGAAAACCAUGUAUCUGGAAGAUCGCACGCUGUCUCUCUCUGAACCCCAGGUGAGGUUACAGCUCUGGGACACGGCCGGACAGGAGCGCUUCAGGAGCCUCAUCCCCAGUUAUAUACGAGACUCCACUGUGGCCGUGGUGGUGUACGAUAUCACAAAUGUCAAUUCAUUCCAGCAGACGGCAAAGUGGAUUGACGAUGUACGAACAGAGAGGGGAAGUGAUGUCAUCAUCAUGCUUGUUGGCAAUAAAACGGACCUGGCAGAUAAAAGGCAAAUCACCAUCGAGGAGGGCGAGCAGAGGGCCAAAGAGCUGAGCGUCAUGUUCAUAGAGACCAGUGCCAAGACGGGGUACAACGUCAAGCAGCUGUUCCGGCGUGUGGCAGCUGCUCUUCCGGGAAUGGAGAGUGUUCAAGAACCCAGCAAAGAGGGCAUGAUCGACAUCAAGUUGGACAAACCUCAGGAGCCGCAGACCACUGAAGGCAGCUGCUCCUGUUAAGGUGCAGCCAGCACCUGGAAAGCCGUUUACACCGCCUGCUUGUUGUGUUGCCCCCCCAUCGUUUAACCUGCGUUUGACUUUUGCACGCUGAGGUUCUAGCCUCUUCACCGGAUCACUGGUCAAUGGCUGGAAAAGUAACAUGUGACAUUUGAUCUACUUUGUGAAAGAAACUGUCAAAUAAUGUCAGUUCAGAAGAAUCAGAAAAACUUGUUAAAAAUCAAGGGAAGAUUCUGUGUAAAUACACACGGUAGUGUAGGAAAUGUGCUUCACUUUGAUUUUUCUUGUAAUUCUCAGAGAAGUCAUUCCCAAACGCAUUUCCCUCUGGGAAAAGGAGGAGGAGGAGGGAUGCCACUGCUGUGGCCCCUCCCUCUGUCUCCUCCACCUCCAUGGCAGCGCCUCCUGCUGGGGGCCCAGCUGCCGUCUGUGCUGCAGAUGUUGCUGAACAUGUGGAGUUGUGCACACACAGCCUGUGAGGGACCAUCACACAGUGACCUGAUUGUUUGGUUCGGUUAAAAACGGCUUUUGUUUUCUGCAGAGGCUCUUCUUGUUGUGUGUUUGUUGUAAGUGUGUGCUCUGUGCAGCACGUUUCAGCUUCCUGCAGUUUGUGUUUGUCAUGGUUUGGAGGAGCAGCUGGACGCCGUCCCCCACCCCCCCGUGACAGAGGACUGGUUUGGACAUGUUGACCUUUCUGGUUCUGGCGAGGUUAGAAGCUGGCGGUUGUUGGAAACCUCUGCAGAGUUUUGGUUUCUCUGCUGAGGGUUCCUGCACGGUUGGGAGUUUCCAGCUGAACCCUACGUUGGUCUGUCUUUGACCUGAAACGUGUGCCGCACUUUUCAUGAUUCGUCUGUGGAGAAAGCGUGUCCAGAGAAGGUCACGCCAGCUCCAGAGGGUCUGGCCUGCUUUUGUAGGUCCCACUGUAGCGAGGACCGGUAAACCUCCUAACCAACACGAUGAGCCCAACAACAAAGGAGACGGGACGGUGACAUGAAGAGGGAGGCUGUGAUCGGACCUGCUGAGCGGCACGACUCCAGCCUCGUGAGGAGAGAUCCAGAAACAUUCCUGCUUACGCGCUGAGGCGCGGCAGAGUCCAGCUGUGUGUCCCGACGCUCCAUCUCAACAUUCCCUGGGAGUGGACCAAGUGAUUUCACCAGUGUCCGUACAGGCGGAGGCAGGGCGGAGGUGUUCUGCCACAGCUCCCUCUCCGGGCCAGGCCUCCAUUGCAAAUGUACAGAGAUCCAGCAUGUCUCCAAAAGGAUGAAUAAAGAUGUCCUGUUAGCAAA